CGGCAUAGGUAUUGUGUGUUUAUCAACUUGAUAAUUAGCUCAUGGGAUUGCAUCUUUUUGCAAAAAUUGCAAACGUUUAUUUUAAACCAAUUAAUUCGAUUUUUGUUGCAAAUUAUUGUGUUAAAAUGUCAAAAACGGCGAUUUUACUUUUAGCUGAAGGAGCCGAAGAAAUGGAAGCUGUAAUAACGGCAGAUGUUUUACGUCGUGCCGGGGUUCAAGUUACUAUUGCCAGCAUUACAAAUGAAACUUGUAUAAAAUGCAGUCGUGAUGUAAAAAUUUGCACCGAUUCAAAUUUCACGGAUGCCACUAAAGAUAAAAAUUAUGAUGCUGUCGUAUUACCUGGCGGAGUUGGUUAUAAAAAAUUGGCGGCUUCGGACUGUGUUGGAACUUUGCUAAAAGAGCAAGAGGCAAAAAAUGGAAUAAUCGCUGCGAUAUGUGCAGCUCCAGUUGUUUUGAAAGCUCAUGGAAUUGCCAAAGGAAAGCAAAUUACAUCCUAUCCGUCUACUAAAAUUGAAUUAAAAGGCGAUUAUAAAUACAUUGAUGACCAAAAAGUCGUGACUGAUGGUAACUUAAUAACAAGCCGAGGACCAUCAACGGCAUUUGCUUUUGGUUUAGCGAUUGUCGAAAAAUUAUUGGACAAAGAAGCUGCGCUUUCAGUUGCAGACGCGAUGCUUUAUACCGAUUAUAAAUAGAAAUUAAAAAAAAAAAUUCAAUUACAUUAGUAAUCAGUUUUAUCAGAACUAAAAUUUUCCCCAAAGAUAAAAUUUCUCUAAAUAUUAAAAAAUUGUAUAAAAAAUUUAAAAAAAUAAAUAUUAAAUAAAAGCACACAAA